AUGAGCAGUGAGAAGAUGCUGUCGGAGCUGGAGAGUGGCAAGGAGCUGGCCUCAGGCAACACCCAGCAAAGUACCCGCUGCCUCAAAUUGCUCAGCGCCUUCGCUGUUAUCGCCCUUGUCGCUGGUUGCGGAUAUCUCCUGUUCACUCAGGGACAAUCGUCAACAUCAAGCCUUUCAAACUGGAAGACUACUCUGAGAGGCGCUGACGAUGUGCCUGCCAACAGCGGCUUGCCUCAUCUCAUGAAGCGGGUGGGGAGUGACCCACGGCCAAGGAUUGCAGCUCACCUGACAGCCAAUCCCAUUCCCCUAGUGUCUGACAAACUGACAUGGCAGGAGCAAGCUGGCAUCGCGUUUUCCUACGGCGUUGAGUUCUCAAACAACAGCCUCCUGAUCAAGAAACCAGGCUUUUACUUCAUCUACACACAGGUGGUCUUCCACAAUGACCAGUGUGAGGAGAGCACCAUCUUCCUGAGUCACGAUGUUCACAAGCUCUCCUUGGCCUACCCUGAGGAGACCAUCCUGCUCAGGGCCACAAAGUCGGUCUGCCACCAUGGCAGCCACUCUGAUCCCUGGUUCAAAACAUCCUACCAAGGUGCCAUCUUUGAGUUUGAGGCAGGCGACCGGAUCUUCUCCCGGGUCUCCGAGAGCGUGGUCAAGUACUUGGACAAGACGGAAGGCAAGACCUUCUUUGGAAUCUUUGCCCUGUGAGGGGCUUUCUCCCCUUGAUGUGUCUAUGUUUGUUGUUGUUUUGAGUUUUGCGAUUUCUUUUGGGAUGACUGGUCGGGGCUGAGGGUCUAAUGUUUGUGCUGGCUCUGAUGGUCCCAUAGGAAGUGGGUGUAGGUGGUAUUUGAACAAGAGCAGGCAUCUUUCAUUAUCUCAAGGGUUGGAA